AAGAAGUGAACAACUUCUAGCCAAUCAGAGGGGGAGGAAGGCGGGACAUGCCUUCGCUCUGUAAAGUAUAAAACCGUUAGUUGUCCAUUUACGAGGCUAUCCUAGGAAAUCUCAGUCGUAUCCUGAAAUACCUGUUCCUGCGUGGGCUUGACUUCUCCAAUUAUCCACCAUGUCCCACACUGUUCUGCCGAUUCUCUCUGUUCACCCCACCCGAGCUCUGGUCGAUGAGAAGUUCAAGGUGGUGGUGGAGAACCUGCCUCCAGGAUCUCCAGUCACACUUCACUCCCUCCAUCAAUCUGAGGACAAGCACUACUGGGAGGCCUACGGACACUACGUCAGUGAUCACAGAGGAAGAGUGUCUGUUGCAGAGGAUUUGAGUGUUGGGGGCACGUACACAGGAAAAGAACAGAUGGGUUUGUUGUGGAGUAUGCGUCCCGUCCCAGGCAGCCGUCCAGCCCUAAGGUUGAGAAAGAGGGACGUCUGCAGCCCCCUGCUGGUCAGCAUCUCCGUCUACAGCGGACAUGUAACUGAGGGCUUCAGGGAGCAGUCUCCUCUGGCCUCGUCACUCACAGAGAGGUGGUACAUGGCUCCAGGGGUCCAGAGGAUCAAUAUCUCAGAGACAGGAGUACGAGGGACCCUGUUUAUACCUCCAGGUCCUGGACCCUUCCCUGGACUGUUGGAUAUGUGGGGAGGUGGUGGAGGGCUGAUAGAGUAUCGUUCGGCCCUGCUGGCGUCCCAUGGUUACGUUACUUUGGCGUUGGAUUAUGUCAGCCCUGGUAUGCAAACGUCAGCAGAAGAAGAGUUCAAAUAUUAUGAGACAGCGUUUGCUCUCAUCAGGGACCAUCCUCAAGUGAUGUCGGACAGAGUUGGAAUUUUUGGUCUUUCUCUUGGCUCCGUUGUGACCAUCUAUUUGGCAGCUGAGUGCAGAGUUUUCGAGCCUCGCUGUUGUGUUUCUGUCAGCGGCCACCAUCUUUAUAUACCUGGAGUGUCACUCAAUGAAUUCAGUGGAUUGCUGUACAUUAGGAAUUCCCACAAGGAACGUUUGGAUGAGAACAACCAUUACGUAUGGAGAGACAUAAUUCUACCAAUCACCAGUAAUCCCGCAAUGAAAGUGGACGUAAGUACACGUUAAUAGUGGACAUAGCAUUUUAGCUGUGCAAGUAAUUCUCAGCUUCACAUGCACCAAGGACUAUGUGACUAUGUUGCAUGCAAAGUUUUGGGCAAAUUUUGUUUAAUGUGAGUAGCUAAGCAAGUAGAGGGCAACCUGAUUUCCAAAAGGCAUGAUGUUAAAGAUGGAACAUAUUUUAUGGACAAUUACUUUUUAAUUUGAAUCUUUUACAGUUUCAAAAUAACAAAAGAAAAAGGACCUGAAGCAAAAACAAGUCUCACAGCUUCUUAACACUUUUUGUAACCAGCUAAGAGUCUUUCGAUUCUUGUUUGUGGGGUUUUUGACCAUUCUUCCCGCAAAAGGCUUCUAGCUUUGUGAGAUUCUUGGGCCAUCUUCACGCGCUGCUGUUUGAGGUCAGUCCACAGAUUUUUAAUGUUUAGGUCAGGGGACUGUGAGGGCAACGGCAAAACCUUCAGCUUAUGCCCCUUGAGGUCGUCCAUUGUGGAUUUCAGGGUGUCUUUAGGGUCAUUGUCCUGUUGUAGAAGCCAUCCUCUCUUCUACAGAUGCGGUGAUGUUUGCUUCCAGACUUUGCUGGAAUUUAACUGAAUCCAAUCUUCCCUCUACGUGUGAAAUGUUCCCUGUGCCACUGGCUGCAACUCAAGCCCAAAGCUUGCCCGAUCCACCCCCGUGUUUAACAGUUGGACAGGUGUUACUCUUUUCUCCAAACAUACCUUUGCUCAUUGUGUCCAAAAAGUCCUGUUUUACCUUUAUCAGUCAAAAAAAUCAUCAGGCUUGUUUCGAUGUUCCUUUGCAAAUUCUCACGCCGAAUUUUGUGCCAAGGACACAGGAAAGGUUUUCUUCUGAUGACUCUUCCAUGAAGGUCAUAUUUGUCCAGGUGUCGUUGCACCACCACUCCAGAGUCUGAUAAAUCUUCCUGCAGGUCUUUUGUAGUCAAACGGGGGUUUGGAUUUGCCGAACAAUCCUAUGAGCAGCUCUCUCUGAAGGUUUUCUUGGUCUUCCACACCUCAACUCGACCUCCACAACUGCCAUUUCUUAAUGACAUGAAGAACUGAGGAAACAGCUCUCUGAAAAACACAUUGCUAUCUUCUUUAGUCUUCUCGUGCGUUGUGGGCAUCUGUUAUUUUAGUUUUCAGAGUGCUAGGCAGCUGUUUAGAGGAGCCCAUUGCUUCUGAUUGUUGGGACAGGGUU